GUAAGCAUCAUUCGAGUAACGUUGAUAGAUGACUGAUAUUGAUAACUUCGUGAAUAAUAUAAUCAAUUCUUGUUCUGCGUAAUGGAAAAUACUUCUGAAAAGCGAUUUGAAGGAACAGAAAUGAUGGAUGUGCAAAUGAAAGCGGACGAGCAGGAAACAGCUGUAGCGAAAAAGAAUUUGGACCUUGGAAAAUCGAACGAAUAUUCGCCAAAUGAAACGCUAUCUUCAAUUGAAAACAUCGACAAAUUAACGACGAUUCAAACCUUCUACGUAAAUCAAUGUCUUUUUAUAACCGGCGGUACAGGUUUUAUGGGAAAAAUGUUGAUUGAAAAAUUAUUACGAGGAUGCCCUGGCAUAAACUGCAUUUACGUUUUGAUUCGUAGGAAAAAAGAUAAAAGUGUUUCUAAACGAAUGGAAGACAUUGUCGAAAAUUCGUUAUUUAACACGCUGAGAAAGCAGCAGCCAGGAUUCCAAAAUCGAAUAGUAGCGAUCGAGGGUGACUGUAGUUUGCCGAAUCUCGGUAUUUCGACAACCGAUAGAGCUAAACUCAUACGAGAAGUCUCUAUUGUUUUUAACGUUGCCGCUACUGUGCGGUUCAACGAGAAUAUUAAAUUGGCGGCAGCUAUUAAUGUUCAAAGUCUGAAGGAUUUGAUACACUUAUCUAAGGAAAUGUCGAAACUAAAGAGUUUCGUCCAUGUAUCAACGGUUUAUGCCAAUUGUCUUCAAAAUCAGAUCGAGGAGAAAUUUUAUGAUCCACCUAUGAAUGCCGACAAAUUCAUCGCUUUGAUGGAAUCUAUGGAUGAAAAAUUGCUCGAUGAUAUUACACCGCACUUACUUGGAAUAUGGCCGAAUACAUAUGUUUAUACGAAAUCAAUCGCCGAGAAUAUCGUAAAAAGACAUGCUGGCUUAAUGCCGAUUGGAAUAUUUCGUCCAGGAAUCGUGUUACCAACGUACAUAGAACCUGCACAAGGAUGGAUCGAUAAUAUAAACGGGUUAGUGGGAAUUACAGCAGGUGUAACAAUGGGAAUAAUACGAACUAAUCUUUGCGAUGGAUCGCUAAUUGUAAACAUUAUUCCCGGAGAUCUGACGACUAAUGCACUAAUCAUUAGUGCAUGGGAUAUAGCGAAUAAUCGAAGAUCCAUCGAAGAAAUUCCUAUUUAUAAUUACACAUCUAUGGAUAAUCCAAUCACUUAUGAGGAAUUCAUAAAAAUGUCGAGGAAGAAUAUUGAAUUAUUACCGACUAACGAAGCAAUUUGGUACAUAAGCUUUUGGAAUAUAAAAUAUCGACCAAUUUAUCUUACCUUCAUGUAUUUUCUACAUAUACUACCGGCUAUUAUAAUCGAUACGAUUUCGUUAUGUAUAGGUAAAAAGCCAAGGUUACUCAAAAUGUAUAAAAAAAUUUAUACACUGGUGAACAUAUUCAAUUAUUUUGCCACUACCAAAUUUAACUUUAAUAAUAAAAGAUGGAACGAACUGUUAAGUAAGUUAACGGCGGAAGAUCGCGAAUUUUUCUUCUGUGAUAUAAGGGAUCUCAUUUGGGAUACAUACUUUAAAAAUUACAUUCUAGGCAUAAGAAUGUACAUCUUAAAGGAUCCCAUUGAAACUCUUCCACAAGCUCGUAUGAAAUGGCAAAGACUUUACUGGAUACAUCAAGCAUUAAAACUUUUUAUCGUCUGUGUAUUCCUUAUGAUAACUUGGGUCAUGAUAUUCAGACACUUUUAACGUUCGAAUAUGGGUAAAAUAAACAACUGACGUUAAGGAGAGUGACAAUACAGCUUUGAGAAGUUUUUUUUUUGUUUGAAAUUGAUAUCAAUAUAGUCUAAUUAUUAUUGUGUAAAUAAUAUUAAGAUCUUCUCUACAUAAUUCUUUAUAUGAAUGCUAAUAAUUGCGCCUGAAAAUAAACUUGUACUCUGUACUCUGUUGAUAUUUGUAGAUUUAAGCGAAUUCUAUUUCAAAUGAGGGUAUAGUACUUAAUGCGGAUUGGAUUUCAAAGUUGUAUAAAAAAGUAUCUUUCUUAAAAAUCGUGAUAAUAAAUAUAUUUUCAUGUUAAUUAUGA